AUGACAGCCACAGAUUGGAAGAAGUACUAUAUGAAACUUAUGGCUUGUAUCUUACCAGGCUUUUCUGUCUCUCUCACUCUCUCUCUCUCUCUCUCUCUCUCUCUCUCUCUCUUCCAGAUCGUAUUCUUUGAGGAUAAGAAUUUCCAAGGUCGUAGUUAUGAGUGUAACAGCGACUGCCCAGAUCUGCACUCCUACUUCAGCCGCUGUAACUCCAUCAGGGUGGAGAGCGGCUGCUGGGUGCUGUACGAGCGCCCCAACUACGCAGGCUACCAGUACGUGCUGACCCCUGGGGAGUACCCUGACCACCAGCAGUGGAUGGGCUUCAAUGACAGCAUCAGAUCCUGUCGCUCUAUUAAAAGCGCCUCUGGCAUGUUCAGGAUCCGCCUCUACGAGCGUCCUGACUUUGCCGGUCAGAUGAUGGAGUUCAGCGAAGACAACCCUAACCUCACCGAGCGUUGGCGUCACUGCAAGGUGCACUCCUGCACCGUGAUGGACGGCGCCUGGGUGUUCUACGAGCACCCCAUCUACCACAGCCGCCAGCACCUGCUGGAGAGGGCAGAGUACUGCCGCUUCACCGAGUGGAACGCCAUGCACUCUAAUGUGGGGUCCAUCCAUCGCGUUCAGAACUUUUAG